CAUCAACUAACUUAUCCAUAAAACACUAAAAAAACCAAAAUCAAUUCGCACAAGCAACAAGAAGCACCACCAAAAAUGGCAGCCAUGAACUCCAAUGUGCUAGCUUGCAACUAUGCCAUCUCUGGUGUUGGACCAUCAUCAGAACUCUGCUCAAAACUUUCUCCAAUUCCAUCACUCGCAUCGCCUGUUGCGCACAAGUUGCCUGUGAUCAGGAGCCAACAAACAUCAACUAGAUUUCCUGAUUCUAACAAGAUUAUUGGGAAUGAUGGACGGAGAGCUGCUUUGCUCGGCCUUGCGGCCGCACUUUUCACUGCAGCCGCAUCAGCAUCUUCUGCCGAUGCAGGCGUCAUCGAAGAAUACCUCGAAAAAAGCAAAGCUAACAAGGAAUUGAAUGACUCGAAAAGGUUGGCUACAACUGAUGCAAACUUUGCACGGGCGUACACCGUUCAAUUCGGCACCUGCAAGUUCCCUGAGAACUUCACUGGCUGCCAAGAUCUUGCUAAGCAAAAGAAAGUGAAAUUUCUCUCUGAAGAUUUGGAACUGGAGUGCAAAGGGAAGGACAAGUACAAGUGCGGUUCCAAUGUGUUUUGGAAAUGGUGAAAAGUGAGAAAUUCUUGUAUCUACUGAUCAUAAUCUCCCUCAAAACUCUUGUAUUUUUUUUUUUAUAUAUUCCCACUGGCACUGAGAACUUUUGAUCAAUAUUGUUGUGGUUUUAUGUUUGGCUCUA